AUGGUGAAGGUGCAGGUGAAGAAGGCCAAAUAUGCAGGUCUUACAAACCAUCCAGGGAGGUCUUUGCACUUCUCUCAGGCUAUAGGUGCAGGAUUUUUAUUGCGUUUCCUGACAGGUUCUUUGUCACUCUUUAAGCAUGUUGCUGAGGCUACCAGCUUGGCGAAGGAGGUGUACUUCCUACAAAAUAUUGAAGGUGCAGGGUUAGCGCCAUUCAAUUGUUGGCUUUGUUUGAGAGGAAUCAAAACAAUGGCUCUUCGCGUUGCAAAACAACAGGAGAAUGCACAAAAAGUUACUGAAUAUUUAUCUUCCCAUCCACGAGUGAAGAAGGUCCAUUAUGCAGGUCUAAUUGACCAUCCGGGGAGGUCUUUGCACUUCUCUCGGGCUAUGGGUGCAGGAUCGAUGCUGAGUUUUCUGACAGGUUCUUUGGCACUCUUUAAGCAUGUUGCUGAGGGCCAGAGGCUACCAAGUACUUACUGGUCAAAUCUUAAGGCAUCAUCAGAUGUAUCUCAGUUAAUGUUUCAUGGUAUGACUGGUAGAAAGAAGCAGAAAUAUGAUGACGAGGUCGUGCUCAAUGAGUUGCAUAUCCUUAGGGUUUGCUAUUUUGCCAUGAAAGAUGCAUAUCAAUCUUGGUGGGAGGAGCUUAACAAUCUUCGUAAGGAAUACAGGAUGUCAGCUGAGCCAACAGCUCGACUGGAAAUGGCACCAAUGGUUUGUGUUGUGUAA